CCUUCCAUGAAUGAAAACAUGGCGGCUGCCAUGGAGCUGAGAUGCUGGGGAGGAGACUGGGGUUUGCCUUCUGUACAUACCGAGUCCCUAAUAGUUCUGGCAUAUGCCAAGUUUUCUGGGGCAAAAAUCACAGUUUCUCCUGUUGACUGGACAUGGAAAACUCUAACAGCUACAGUCCCUGAGUUGCUUUGUGGAGAUGCUGCAGUACAAGAACCAACACAGAUUCUCAACUUCAUGAGAAAACAGAGGUUUAAUGCUGACUUUGAGCUGACAGCUAGACAAGGAGCAGACACCAUGGCUUACAUAGCCCUGCUGGAAGAGAAACUGCAGCCAGCUUUGUUGCACACUUUCUGGGUGGAUGCAGAAAACUACGCCAACUUAACUCGACCAUGGUUUGCUUCACGCUCGCCUUUCCCACUCAACUUUUUCGUCCCGAGCCGCCAUGCCAACACUGCCCUUUCACGCAUCCUUCUUACCAAAGGAGAGGCUCCGCUGCACAGAAUCACUGAGGUGGAAGGGAAGAUCUAUAGUGAUGCCAAAGAGUGCCUGAAUCUCCUUGCUUACAGGCUGGGAACAGCAAACUAUUUCUUUGGCAACUCACCAACCAGUCUGGACGCCUUUGUAUUUGGUUUGGUAGCUCCACUUUACAAAGCCAGUCUCCCCAGCAGCCCUCUGCAGAGCCACCUCAAACAGCUGGAUAACCUCACACACUUCUGUGACAACAUCCUUGCCGUCUACUUCAGCUCAGACCACCCGAGUCCUUCUCCACCUGUUCAGGAAACAAUGGAUGCCAACCUCCAGAAACUAACUCAGCUUGUAAAUAAAGAGUCCAACUUGAUAGAGAAGAUGGAUGACAAUCUUCGCAGCAGCCCUCAGCAUAAACCCCACAGACCAGACCCCAAACCCAGUGAGAAGAACUCAACCCCCGCCUAACUCCUGAAAUUUCAACCCUGACCUACCCUAAUGAGUGGAAGAGAUGACAGAUUUAAGGUGCAGCUCUGGAUCAGACUCAACCUCUUAUUUUCAAAAAUAGCUCCACCCAGCUAACUUGAAUGACAAAUAAUCUAAUAGUUAAUGGAUGUUAAAAAUAUCAAAGAGACUUAUUUUUUCAGCAGAGUAAUGAUGAUAGAUUUUAAAGAUGUUGGCCUGGGAGAGGAGGGAAAGUGCAUGUGUGAGGGUUUUUUUAAAAGUUAAGUGCAUGUAUGUGGUUAAGGAUGGAAUGCUGAAAAGUGGUGCUGAAUGAAAGAAACACAGAAAGUAAAUGAAAAGUCCAGCAGUGAAAAAAAGAGGCAAAGAUUUUGCCCUUUCUUCAUUUUUUACCCCUCCAUCCUUUAGUUUCUGUAAUGAAUAUUUAAAAAUAUAUAUGCUAAUUUUUAUUUCAAACAUAUAGAAAUGUCCUCACCUGCUUCAUGAGGAUGUUAAAAUUUCUCAUUUGUCACUUAAGUAGAACAAUGUCAGGCUUUAAGACCUUAUUUAGCUAUCUAAUGCUGUAGUGUGUUUAUCAGAUCCUUUAGCACCCCUCUUAACUCACAUCUUUCGCCAUAACCACUGUAAAAACUUUCUGUAAAUCCUAGCAUUUUAAUUGUAAUGUAAAGUAUUUAUAUCAUUAUUACUAUAGAGAACACCAUGCACUUAUUUUUUGCUUUGCUCCCCCUCCUCUGCAUUGUAUAGCUUGUAAAGUUGUAUAUAGUAUUAUUAUUUAAAAGUACUCUCAUAGGGCUGAUCAUCAUGUUCCCAGUCUAUGACAGAUGCAUUGAGGUAACGGCAGAGCGUUAUCCACUUUAUUUUCUUAUUCAUUCAAAGUUUAAGGGACUAAUGUGUGUGAGUGAGUGUGUGAGAUUUCUAAAGGACUAUCAAACAUCCUGCAAAUUAACAUUCACUUUUAUUGUUGCCAUUGUUUUCCUCUGCUGUUAUUUUUGCUACAUUUAUCACUCAUUUAUGUAGUGCUGUAUUAUAAUUUGCUGUGCCUGUUUAACGUCACCUUGUUUAACCUGAAGUGUCUGCCCCACUCAGGAAUGUCUCAUUAGCUGCCUUUUUUGUGUUAUUGUGCCGUCUGAAAUUAGUCUUUGAAUUGAGUGGCCUUUUUUUUUUCGUGUUCCAUAAUGUCCUGUGUCUGCUCCAUUUGAGUGUUCGCAAUAUUCCUUGUUACAUUCCCUUUAAAGAACCAUAUCCUCAAACAGAAGCAUUCAUUAAGGUGUGUGUACGUGUCUGAGUGCUGCCAUUUAAAAAACAUUUUUUGUUAGGAUCAUAUGUGCGGGUGCAGUGUGCCUUCAUGACUGCAAGUGUCUUUGUACAAAAAUCUAAAUGUCAACAGUGCCCUUUACAUUUUUAGUACAUUGUCCUAAAUUAUGUUUGUCAUUAUUUUUGUCUGCAUUCUCUGUGGAUGGAUGAUAACAACUUAUUAAAAAAAAUAUAUUAAUC